AUGGAGGCCUUUUCAAGUGUCUUUGCUUACCGUCAACAUCUUAAGUCACUGUCGGAUCAACUCAAGAACGUCGACUUUCCGGUCGAUAACAGUAGGUUGGUUCUGCAAUUGGUGUUCAGUCUCACUGAACCCUACAAGAGAGUGGCCACACUUAUCCGUCAAAGUGAUCCCUUGCCUCAAUUUUAUCAAGCACGGUUGAUACUUGUUCUCGAAGAAUUCUGCCUCAAGAAGGCGGCUCAGACCUCGUCCUCCGCCAUGGUGGCUCGUGACUUGGACGAAUCUCAAGAGAUGUCUGAUCAUUCAUCAGCACGCCUCACAAAUAAUGGUGGAAAACAGUAUUCAAACCGUGGCAAUUCUAGAAAGAAUCGCAACAACACUGGUGGUUGUGAUAACUCAGGCGCUGGCAAGGGAGGCUUUGGUGGCGGGGGUAAAAGUGGCGGUGGCAACAAUCGUGGGGGUGGACAACAACAGCCCCAGAACAACCCCUGGCCUGCAGGACAGCAAUGGCCUUGGCCAUGGAUGCAGUGGGUUGUUCCUCCUUGUCCGUACCCAGCUGCUCCAUGGGCCAGGCCCAAUUAUCAGCAAACUCCACGCCAACAGCCCGGUAUUCUUGGGUCUAGACCUCAGCAGGCAUAUACAGCCACAGCUCCUACUCCAACAGGCAUCGAGGCUGCAAUGCACACCCUCGAUAUUACUCCUCCAGAUCUGAAUUGGUAUAUGGACACUAGUGCCACCUCUCAUAUGACGUCCACCUCAGGUAAUCUCACGUCUUAUUUUAAUAUGAGCAAUCAUCGUGGUAUCACUAUUGGUAAUGGUCAAUCAAUUCCUAUUCGUGGUUAUGGAUAG